AUGGCGAAAAGCAAAUUUACCCUCGCAGCUGCGACUAGUGUGGUCAAGCCCGAGCUUGAUGCUCUGUUCUCGAGCUCCGUCGCACCUAAGAAGCCGGAGACUCAACGAUAUAUCGCGCUACUUCCUCCGAAGGAAAGGAAGCCGAUUAAGCAUAAAGAAUUCGAGCCAAUAUCUGAUGAGGACGGUGAUGUAGACGAAGAGGAUGACGAGGUCCUGAGUGUACUUGAGGAGGAUGAGCAAUCAAGCGACGAGGAAGAUGGCAGUGAAGAGUCGGAGUCUGCAUCGGAGUCAGAAGAAGUGGACGCACCCUUAGAUGAAGAAAUGACUGUGGAAGACAGCGCUGAUCAAAAGAAGAAAGAACGGAAACGGAAGCGCAGGGACGAGCACGACGACUUGGAGUCCAAAUACCUGCGCAAACUUGCCGACGACGAUGAGGAAGACAAGCCUUUAGGGAAGCGACAAAAGGGCGAGACUGGCGAAGCCGUUAAUGGGGAGUCCGCAUCUGCAGAUGAUUCAGAUGAAGAAGAAACAACAAUUGUCCAUGAAUCUCUUCGGAAGACAGAAGAACAUCCCGACAUUGAGCUAGACAAGGCAAACCGGACGCUUUUCUUGGGCAAUGUCUGCUCCGAUGCCAUAUCCUCCUCCAAGGCCAAGAAGCAACUGAUGGCCCAUCUCUCUUCCCCCCUUUCAGACCUGGAUGCUGCAACAGGACCCCAUAAGAUCGAGUCUCUCCGCUUCCGGUCGACCGCAUUCGCAGCAGGCGGCAUUCCCAAGCGCGCGGCCUACAUAACCAAGUCCAUCAUGACAGCAACUACAAAAUCAACCAACGCCUACGUAGUCUACACUACCCCUUUGGCAGCCCGUACAGCGCUCAAAGCUCUUAACGGAACCGUGGUCCUCGAUCGUCACCUUCGCGUCGACAGUGUAGCCCACCCGCAACCCAUAGCCCACCGCCGGUGCGUCUUCGUAGGCAACCUCGGCUUCGUGGACGAUGAAACAGUCAUCAACACCACCGCAGAAGGCGAUACUACCACCAAGAAACGCAAUAAGGUGCCCGCCGACAUCGAGGAGGGCCUGUGGCGCACAUUCGGCAAGGAGGCCGGCAAGGUGGAGAGCGUACGCGUGCCGCGGGAUCCCAAGACGCGCGUCGGCAAGGGAUUUGCCUACGUGCAGUUCUACGACGUCAACGCUGUCGAGUCGGCCCUGCUUCUCAACGAGAAGAAGUUCCCGCCCAUGCUGCCUCGCGCACUUCGCGUCAGCCGCGCCAAGAACCCACGCAAGACGACCCUGGCGCAGGAGCGGACUAACAUGUUCAAGCUCGAGGGCUUGACUGGAGGUGCGGCGAAGCCGAAGAGCACAAAGUACAAGCACAAGGCGACGCCUGAGCAGCAAUCCCUGGCCGGACGCGCAGGGCGGCUGCUCGGCCGUGCUGGGGCGGCGCGGCAGCAGCGUGAGCUCAAGGGUGGGCAGAAGUCGAGACACAGGAGCAAUGAUGGAAACCCGGCCACGGGUGCAAAUCAAACGAUGAAGGGCGAGAUGAAGACUCCUGAACAAAUUGUUUUUGAAGGUCGUAGGGCGAGUUCGAAAGAUGGCCGGCCCAAGGAUCUCAAGUUUGGCAAAGUCAGGGGUAACAAGAAAGCCGCCAUGGCCAAGAUGAAAGGACGUGGUGCGAAGAGGGCUUCUGAAUGGCGCAAGAAGGGCGCAAAGUAG